GGAACCAGUGAAAAUGCGUCUAUAGGUUUUCGUUCUGGACAGCGCCAUCUUGUUUUAUGCCGGUUGUCCUUGGAAAACUUGGCCGAUAAAUCGUCUGUCAUCUGGAGUAUUUUCUAUAUUUUGGUGAGGAAUAAACAUCAGAGGUCAAGAUGACGGACUCUAAAUACUUCACCACCACCAAGAAGGGUGAGAUCUACGAGUUGAAGGCUGAUCUCAACAGCGACAAGAAGGAGAAGAAGAAAGAAGCUGUCAAGAAGGUCAUAGCCAGCAUGACCGUGGGCAAAGACGUCAGCUCGCUCUUUCCUGACGUUGUGAACUGCAUGCAGACGGACAAUCUAGAACUCAAGAAGCUUGUGUACCUGUACCUGAUGAACUAUGCCAAGAGCCAACCAGAUAUGGCUAUCAUGGCUGUCAAUACGUUUGUCAAGGACUGCGAGGACACCAACCCACUGAUCCGAGCCCUGGCCGUGCGCACCAUGGGCUGCAUCCGGGUGGACAAGAUCACAGCCUACCUGUGCGACCCGCUGCGCAAGUGCCUGAAGGACGAGGACCCCUACGUGCAGAAGACGGCGGCGGUCUGCGUGGCCAAGCUGUACGAUAUCAACCCCCAGCUGGUGGAGGACCAAGGGUUUAUUGAUCAGCUCAGGGACCUACUGACGGCUUCUAACCCAAUGGUGGGUGCUAAUGCCGUAGCAGCUCUGUCUGAGAUCAACGAUGCCUCACCGUCUGGCACCACUCUGUUUGACCUGAAUGCCCAGACCAUUAACAAGCUGCUGACUGCACUGAAUGAGUGUACAGAGUGGGGUCAGAUCUUCAUCCUGGACUCCUUGUCCAACUACACCCCUAAGGAUGACAGAGAGGCCCAGAGCAUCUGUGAGAGAGUCACCCCUAGGCUGGCCCACGCCAACGCUGCCGUGGUGCUCUCAGCUGUCAAGGUGCUGAUGAAGUUCAUGGAGAUGAUGCCAGUGGAUUCAGAGUACCUGACCACCUUGACUAGGAAGCUGGCUCCCCCCCUGGUCACCUUGCUGUCUGCCGAGCCUGAGGUGCAGUAUGUGGCACUCAGGAACAUCAACCUCAUCGUGCAAAAGAGACCGGAGAUUCUCAAGCAAGAGAUGAAGGUCUUCUUUGUCAAGUACAACGAUCCCAUCUACGUCAAGUUGGAGAAGCUGGACAUCAUGAUCCGUCUGGCUGCCCAGGGCAACAUUGCCCAGGUCCUGGCUGAGCUCAAGGAGUAUGCCACCGAGGUGGACGUGGACUUUGUCCGCAAGUCUGUGCGAGCCAUCGGCCGCUGUGCCAUCAAAAUUGAGCAAUCUGCUGAGCGUUGCGUCAGCACCCUGCUGGACCUGAUCCAGACCAAGGUCAACUACGUGGUGCAGGAAGCCAUCGUGGUCAUCAAGGAUAUCUUCCGCAAGUAUCCCAACAAGUAUGAGAGUAUCAUUGCAACGCUGUGCGAGAACCUGGACACGCUGGAUGAGCCUGAGGCAAGGGCCUCCAUGAUCUGGAUCAUCGGUGAGUACGCCGAGCGUAUCGAUAACGCCGACGAGCUCUUGGAGAGCUUCCUGGAAGGCUUCCAUGAUGAGAACACCCAGGUGCAGCUACAGCUGCUGACGGCCAUCGUCAAGCUGUUCUUGAAACGACCCACGGACACUCAAGAACUGGUACAGCAGGUGCUCAGCCUGGCUACACAGGACAGUGACAACCCCGACCUGCGUGAUCGCGGCUACAUCUACUGGCGUCUGCUCUCCACGGACCCCGCCGCAGCCAAGGACGUCGUCCUGGCCAACAAGCCCCUCAUCUCAGAGGAGACGGACCUAAUUGAGCCGACCUUACUGGAUGAGCUGAUCUGCUACAUCGGCAGCCUGGCCUCGGUCUAUCACAAGCCGCCCAGUGCAUUCGUGGAGGGACGGAAUGCUACUAGGAGGGUGUUGCCUACCCGGGCUCCAGGCUCCGGAUCUACUUCCCCAGAGAGCGAGACGGCCGCCGCCGUUGUUCCCCAAGCUCCCCAGGUCAUACCCCAGGCCAGCCAGGGCCAAAGCGAUCUCAUCGGCGACUUGCUGGGGAUGGACCUGGGCCCACCGGCCAGCGCACCCAGUGCGUUCGGAGGUGCCCCUGCUGGGUUUGGUGCUGCCCCUGCUGGGUUUGGUGCUGCCCCUGCUGGCUUUGGCGCUUCCCCCGCUGGCUUUGGCGCUUCCCCCGCUGGGUUUGGCGGUGCCCCAAUGCAGGCACAGCCUGAGAUGUCAGCUGGACUGGACCUACUGGGAGGUGGUUUGGAUAGCUUGAUUGGAGGAGGGGGUAUGUCCCAGCCUGCACCCCAGCCCAUGAUGGGAGGGGGUAACAUGGGUGCUCUAGGGGAUAUCUUCAGCCUAGCCUCCGGCCCCGGCCUGGCCACUGGCAUGUACGUGGAGCCCAAAACGGUGUGGCUGCCAGCAGCUAAGGGCAAAGGCCUUGAGGUCAGUGGCACCUUCGGCCGUCGGCAGGGCCAAGUCUUCAUGGAUAUGACCUUCACUAAUAAAGCCAUGCAGCAGAUGAGUCAGUUUGCUAUACAGCUCAACAAGAACAGUUUCGGUCUGGUACCGGCCUCACCGCUAUCCAUCGCCAGUCCCCUCAACAUGAACCAGACCCUGGACGUGUCCCUGCCUCUCAACACCAACGGGCCCGUCCAGCGUAUGGACCCCAUCAACUCCUUGCAGGUGGCUGUCAAGAACAACAUUGACGUCUUGUACUUCAGUAGCCCGAUCCCCCUCCAUGCGCUCUUUGUGGAAACGGGCGAAAUGGAGAGACGUGAUUUCUUGAAUGAGUGGAAGAACCUACCCGCUGCUAAUGAGGUCCAGUUCCCCAUUGAAAUCCACAUGACGGCAGAUGAAGCGGUCCAGAAACUGAAAACCAGCAACAUCUUCACCGUGGCCCGGCGCAACCUGGACGGCCAGGACAUGCUGUACCAAUCCCUCAAGCUCACCAAUAACAUCUUUAUCAUGGCAGAGAUCAAGAUGCAGCCAGGCAACCCAACGGCUACGUUGUCCAUAAAGUGUCAGCUUGUGGACUUUUCCAACUUAGUGCACGAAAGCUACAAAGCCAUCCUGCAGAACUGAGGCGUCUAUCUCCACAUGAUGUGUGAUAUCUUCAGGAAAUAUCUGACUGUCUGUCUGUCUGUCACAGUGUCUAUCUGUCUGUCUUUUGGUCUGUCUGUGAUACGUAACUCCAAACAGCUCUCAAACAGAAAUCCCUGAUUUCUUAGUUGUAUUUGUGAAUUAAGGAAAACAACUGUCCGCUUGCAAAAACAGUUAUAACGGGAUAGAAAGCAUUUAGGUUUUGCAUAAUGAGAGUAUGUUAAUUUGCGCAUCCAUAAUUUUUACCUGACUUUUGACGUUUCAAAUUGCAGUGAUGUCAAUGGGUGGCUUGUGCUCAUCAUGCACCUAACUUGAUGAUUAUAUCCUGCUUAAUUAAUGGUAUACAGUGAUAGUAAGAUGAUGUUAAUCUAUUAUGCCUACCCAGUUCCUGUUUAGUUCACACAGUACUGUCGAUUAUUGGCUCAAACACACAUUGAAAGUUCUUUUGGAAAGACUAAACAAAACAUGUACUUAUUCAAAUUCAUUAUGUGGAGGUAAAUCUUGGGUCUUAAACCUUUUUCUUUCCUUAGUUUUAUGGUGGCUUUAGGGUCCUCAAUUGGUCUCUAUAGUCACAGACAACGCUGCUCCAAUAGGACACAAAACUAGGAUGCAUCAUCCGUAGUCAACUUUGACUAGUAGGGUCAUCGUCGAGCUCUCUCUUCAUUAGCAAACACAUGAUUGUUCCAUGUCCCAGUCCUACCCACAACUUGAAAUCAUUGUCAACUUGUAACUCGUCGUUAGUUUGCCCUCGUCAAUUAUAGUUUAUAUCGUCUCAUAUGCACAAUAUUAUAAUGGUAAUAUUGAUGUUUGUACCAGGCACAGUGUUCAAUGGUCCUAAAUAGUGUGAUAGUUAAUGUAUUACUACAGUGAACAUAGCGCCAUAACCAAUGUAUUCUGGUUUAUAUAUCAAAAAAUACAAUCUUAACAUUUAUUGGAACAAUACCAAUCACGUUUAGCAUUCCCCCAAGACCUUAUCAUUUUAGGUAGAUUUAUUUGACCAUGUCGAGUAAAUCAUUUUAGAUUGGCAUAACACAUUAACAUAACGGCCAUUUAUUUCAUUUUCGGUUCUGCACAUUCCCAAAAUAAAAGCUAUUCCAGUAAACGAAUAAAGAUUUGUGGAACUGAUAUUCAUGCAA